CAGGAAGUUGAUAGCAAACGCGGUUCAAUGCAGGUUCGCUUUAGCAUUUAGCGUCCAGCUUUUCUUAGUUUUAGUGUAUUUUAAGUCAUUAUUAAGGCAUUAAGUGGUAAUGGACUGGAAAGAAAGCAGUGGGGGUCACACUCACAGCCAUGGUAAUGAUGGGCAAUGCAGUCAUGGUACACACGGUGUACACGGUGGUCACUCACAUGGCUUCAUGUCCGGUUUCCAGUUCCUGCAGAGGAAUGAAACCAUGUUGGACCCCACACAGCAGCCAAAGAAGUACACACACAUUGAAGACAGCAGCAGCUGGGAUAUUGUCAAAGCCACACAGUUUGGUGCGUUUGACCGGUGUAAAGAGCUGGUCGAGGCAGGUUAUGAUGUUCGACAGCCUGAUAAAGAAAAUGUCACUUUACUGCACUGGGCAGCUAUUAAUAACAGAGCAGAUCUCAUCAAGUAUUAUAUAUCUAAAGGUGCGAUUGUGGAUCAGUUGGGAGGAGACUUAAACUCUACUCCACUCCACUGGGCCAUAAGGCAGGGUCACUUGCAGAUGGUUAUCCAGCUGAUGCGUUACGGUGCCGAUCCAUCUCUUGUGGAUGCAGAAGGAUACAGUGGCCUCCAUCUUGCUGUGCUUUUUCAACACAUGCCUAUAGCAGCAUACCUAAUGGCCAAGGGUCAGGAUGUGGAUGCUCCAGAUGCAAAUGGACAAACCUCACUGAUGCUGGCUGCUCAGAAAAUUAUUGGGCCAGAACCGACAAACUUCCUGCUGCGUUGUAAUGCAUCAGUAAAUGCAGUCGAUAAGGUGAACAGGAACUCGCCACUGCACUGUGCUGUGCUUGCUGGUAAUGUUGAUGCUGCACACAUCUUGCUGGAGUCUGGAGCCAGUGUGGAGCUGCAGAACUCCAGUGGUCACACACCAAUAGACUUGGCCCACCAGGUGCACAGUCCUUUGCUUAUUCACAUGCUGAACAUGGUAAAGACUGAACGAAAAAAAUCAAGCACACGUUGCUUAAGAUUCCUCAACAAUUACCAGGCCUUUUUGCAGUGUGUCUUUAGUGUGUGUGUGAUGUGGGCUGUAGGAGCCAUAUUAGAUCUAAGUUCUGAGUCAUGGCUACUGAAAGGGGUUCUGUUGGCAUGUUUGCUCGCCGUAAUCAACCUCACCUGCAGGCGGGUAGCUAGUGCCACAGUUCAGAAUUUGGCUCCCUCCACCUCCCUUCUUGCCUCUGUAUUUUGGAUGCUUGUCACCUGGUGCCUGUGGUUUUUGCCAGAUGGCCACAGUGCUGCAGUGCAAAUAAUGUUUCCCCUGACAGUUUUGGCUCUGCUAUAUUACUACCUGCGCACCUGCAGAACCGACCCUGGGAUUAUCAGGGUGACCGAGGAAGAGAAGAAGAAGAAUAUUGUAGUCCUGGCAGAAGCAGGCUGCCUUGACCCCAGGAUUUUCUGCACAUCGUGUAUGAUGAAGAAGCCGAUGAGAGCUCAUCACUGCUUUUCCUGUAACUUCUGUAUUGCUAAGCAGGAUCAUCACUCUCUCUGGAUCAAUGGCUGUAUAGGUGCCAGGAAUCAUCAGUACUUUGUUCUUUUUCUUAUGACAUUGAACCUUCUAUGUGGCUGGAUGCUAUAUAACAGUGUUAUAUACUGGUCGAAGAGGUGUAUGAGCCGUGUUUCAGAUGGGGUCUGGGAAACGAUCAUUGAGCUCAUUACCUGCUCACCCUGGAUCACUUAUAUCUGCAUCAUCACCCUGUUCCACACAACCUGGGCCUCAGUCACACUUGUACAGCAACUUUAUCAGAUUGCAUUUCUCGGACUGACGACUGCAGAAAGGACAAGCUUGCUGCAUGGGCACAGGAAACUUCCUCACGCUUACUCUCUCAGACAGAACCCAUUCAACCGUGGGGUGCUGAAGAACCUGGUGAAUUUCUUCCAGUUGCGCUGCUGUGGUUUGUGCAAGCCACUUGUGUUGGACUGGACUCAGGAGCUUCCUAUAGGCUUAAACCGAGACCAUCAGAUGUUUAGCAGCCCAGAUGCUGUCUAAAUCACUAAAAUUCUUGAUUAUUAAAAUUUCUCAUUCGUAUUGUGAUGAAGCCCUAAUUGCAAACCAGGCACAUUUUACAUUCCCUUUACUGUGUCAUAUACUGAAUUUAUAUA